AAAGAAGAAACACUGAAACUGAACCCAAAACAGAGAGAGAGCAGAGGAGCAGACCAAUCUCUUCCUCUCUCUGCAAUUUUGCUUUCUUUCUCAAUUUUCUUCUCCACGAUUGCCAGACGGACAGAGUGGGAAAACCAGUUUUCUUGAUUUAUAUCUUCCCUCUGAAUGGCUUCUUUAGUGUCUUCGCCAUUUACAUUACCUACCUCCAAAGCUGACCACCUUUCAUCUCUCUCCGGGAAGCAUUACUUUCUUCACUCUUUCCUCCCCAAGAAAACCAGCCAAACCAACUCAAGUUCAUCCAUCAAAGUGAAAUGUGCUGCAAUUGGCAAUGGCCUUUUCACCCAGACCACCCCCGAAGUCCGUAGAAUUGUCCCAGAUAAUAACCAGGGCCUUCCAACCGUCAAAGUCGUGUACGUAGUCUUAGAAGCACAGUAUCAAUCAUCCCUGACGGCCGCAGUCCAAGCCCUCAACAAAAACGAUAGGUACGCUUCCUUUGAAGUUGUGGGUUACUUGGUUGAGGAGCUUCGCGAUGAAUCAACCUAUAAAACCUUCUGUAAAGACCUCGAGGACGCGAACAUUUUUAUUGGGUCUUUGAUUUUUGUUGAGGAGCUUGCUUUGAAGAUAAAGGAUGCUGUGGAGAAAGAGAGGGAUAGACUUGACGCAGUGCUGGUGUUUCCUUCAAUGCCUGAGGUAAUGAGGCUAAACAAACUGGGUUCGUUUAGUAUGUCGCAGCUCGGGCAAUCGAAGAGCCCGUUCUUCCAGCUCUUUAAGAGGAAGAAGCAGUCUGCUGGGUUUGCAGAGAGCAUGUUAAAGCUUGUGAGGACUUUGCCUAAGGUUUUGAAAUAUUUGCCUAGCGACAAGGCUCAGGAUGCUAGACUGUAUAUACUUAGCUUGCAGUUUUGGCUUGGUGGAUCACCGGAUAAUUUGAAGAAUUUUUUGAAAAUGAUUUCCGGGUCUUACGUACCGGCGCUGAAAGGUACUAAGAUUGAAUAUUCAGACCCAGUUUUGUACUUGGAUAGCGGGAUUUGGCACCCUUUGGCUCCUUGCAUGUAUGAGGAUGUGAAGGAGUAUUUGAACUGGUAUGGAACUAGAAAGGAUGCUAAUCAAAAGCUUAAGGAUCCAAAUGCACCGACAAUUGGUCUGAUUUUGCAAAGGAGUCACAUUGUUACCGGGGAUGAAAGUCACUAUGUGGCUGUGAUUAUGGAAUUGGAGGCAAAAGGAGCAAAAGUAAUACCGAUUUUCGCUGGUGGGCUUGACUUUUCAGGGCCAGUGGAGAGGUAUUUGAUCGAUCCGAUUACUAAGAAACCGUUUAUACAUGCGGCGAUAUCGCUGACGGGCUUUGCGCUUGUUGGGGGGCCCGCUCGGCAGGACCAUCCAAGGGCUGUUGAAGCACUAAUGAAGCUUGAUGUGCCUUACAUUGUUGCAUUGCCUCUGGUAUUUCAGACAACUGAGGAGUGGUUGAACAGUACUCUGGGGCUGCACCCAAUCCAGGUAGCUUUGCAAGUUGCUCUGCCGGAGCUAGAUGGAGGCAUGGAGCCCAUUGUCUUUGCCGGUCGGGAUCCUAGAACAGGAAAAUCACAUGCUCUUCACAAGAGGGUGGAACAACUAUGCACUAGAGCAAUCAGAUGGGCCGAACUGAAGAAGAAAUCAAAGGCAGAGAAGAAGCUAGCCGUAACUGUCUUCAGUUUUCCUCCGGACAAGGGAAAUGUAGGAACAGCUGCUUACCUUAAUGUCUUCUCCUCCAUCUUCUCCGUUCUAAAAGAACUCCAAAGAGAAGGUUACAAUGUCGAAGGCCUGCCAGAGACUUCAGAUGCUUUAAUCGAAGAUGUAAUUCAUGACAAAGAGGCUCAAUUCAGCAGCCCAAACCUAAACAUUGCUUACAAGAUGGGUGUUCGUGAAUACAAAAGCCUGACUCCCUACGCCACAGCAUUGGAGGAGAACUGGGGAAAACCCCCAGGGAAUCUGAACUCUGAUGGAGAAAGUCUCUUGGUAUAUGGAAAACAGUAUGGCAAUGUCUUCAUUGGUGUUCAGCCCACAUUUGGCUAUGAGGGUGAUCCUAUGCGGCUAUUGUUCUCCAAAUCAGCUAGCCCACAUCAUGGCUUUGCAGCAUACUACUCUUUUGUUGAAAAAAUUUUCAAAGCUGAUGCUGUUCUUCAUUUUGGCACUCAUGGAUCUCUUGAAUUCAUGCCUGGAAAACAGGUGGGAAUGAGUGAUGUCUGCUACCCUGACAGUCUGAUUGGGAACAUUCCAAAUGUCUAUUACUAUGCAGCUAAUAACCCAUCCGAAGCAACCAUAGCCAAGCGCCGGAGCUAUGCCAAUACCAUUAGCUAUCUGACUCCUCCAGCAGAAAAUGCUGGGCUUUACAAGGGCCUUAAGCAGUUAAGUGAGCUCAUCUCCUCAUACCAAUCCCUUAAAGACACUGGCCGAGGGCCACAAAUUGUCAGCUCAAUCAUCAGCACAGCUAAACAAUGUAAUCUUGACAAGGAUGUGAAUCUACCGGAUGAGGGAGAGGAAAUAUCAGCGAAAGAACGAGAUCUUGUGGUUGGAAAAGUAUACUCUAAGAUCAUGGAGAUUGAAUCUCGCCUUUUGCCUUGUGGGCUCCACGUCAUUGGUGAGCCUCCAUCAGCCAUGGAAGCAGUUGCGACACUUGUUAACAUUGCUGCAUUAGACCGUCCUGAAGAUGGAAUUUCAUCGCUCCCAGGUACACUAGCUGAGUCUGUAGGAAGAAAUAUAGAGGAGGUAUAUAGAGGGAGUGACAAGGGAAUACUGAAGGAUGUAGAGCUUCUUCGGCAAAUAACAGAGGCAUCACGUGGAGCGAUUUCUGCCUUUGUGGAUCGAACAACUAAUAAGAAGGGCCAAGUUGUUGAUGUGGCUGAUAAGCUGAGCUCAAUCCUUGGCUUCGGUCUUAAUGAACCAUGGGUUCAGUACUUGUCAAGCACGAAAUUUUACCGGGCUGAUAGGGAAAAACUUAGAACAUUGUUUGUUUUCAUAGGAGAGUGUUUGAGGCUGGUUGUGGCUGAUAAUGAGUUGGGAAGUUUGAAGCAAGCAUUGGAAGGAAAGUAUGUGGAGCCGGGGCCUGGUGGUGACCCAAUCAGAAACCCUAAAGUGUUGCCAACAGGGAAAAAUAUUCAUGCACUCGAUCCACAAUCCAUUCCCACAACAGCAGCUAUGCAGAGUGCCAAAAUCGUGGUGGAUAGGCUGAUUGCGAGGCAGAAGGCUGACAAUGGGGGAAAGUAUCCUGAGACAGUUGCACUUGUAUUGUGGGGAACAGAUAAUAUUAAGACUUAUGGUGAGUCCUUGGCUCAGGUGCUGUGGAUGAUUGGUGUGAGGCCAAUUGCUGAUACAUUUGGUCGGGUAAACCGGGUGGAACCAGUAAGUCUUGAAGAGCUUGGAAGGCCUAGGAUUGAUGUUGUUGUUAAUUGCUCUGGAGUAUUCAGAGAUCUCUUUAUCAAUCAGAUGAAUCUCCUCGACAGGGCAGUAAAGAUGGUAGCUGAACUAGACGAGCCGGAAGACCAAAACUAUGUCAGGAAGCACGCACUAGAACAAGCCAAAAACCUAGGAAUUGGGGUUCGAGAAGCUGCAACUCGGGUCUUCUCCAAUGCCUCGGGAUCCUACUCCUCUAAUAUAAAUCUUGCUGUGGAAAAUUCUUCGUGGAAUGAUGAGAAGCAGCUCCAGGAUAUGUACUUGAGCCGAAAGUCCUUUGCUUUUGAUUGUGAUGCCCCUGGUGUAGGCAUGACUGAGAAAAGAAAAGUAUUUGAGAUGGCUCUGAGCACAGCUGAGGCCACGUUCCAAAAUCUCGACUCCUCAGAAAUCUCACUCACUGAUGUGAGUCACUACUUCGACUCAGACCCAACGAAUCUUGUACAGAACCUAAGGAAAGAUGGAAAGAAGCCUAAUGCAUACGUAGCUGACACCACCACAGCUAAUGCCCAGGUACGUACACUUGCUGAGACUGUGCGUCUUGAUGCACGAACCAAGUUGUUGAACCCCAAGUGGUAUGAAGGAAUGAUGGCUAGCGGGUACGAGGGAGUUCGUGAAAUUGAGAAGAGGCUUACAAAUACAGUUGGGUGGAGUGCAACUUCUGGCCAAGUUGACAAUUGGGUCUAUGAAGAGGCCAACUCUACUUUCAUUCAAGAUGAAGAGAUGUUGAAUAGGCUGAUGAAGACAAAUCCAAAUUCCUUCAGGAAGUUGGUGCAGACUUUCCUGGAGGCCAAUGGACGUGGGUACUGGGAGACUUCUGAACAGAAUAUUGAGAAGUUAAGGCAGUUGUACUCAGAAGUUGAAGACAAAAUUGAAGGGAUUGAUCGAUAAACUGUAAAUCUGACUGUUGGGAAAAGAUUGUAAGUGCAAAUAUCAAAGACAGACGAUUUCCUUUUCUUCCCGCGGUAAAUCAAUUCAUUUUCUUGGAUCA